GUGACACUCCGUGCUGGCCCCGUGCCCCGGGCAGGGGGCUGUGACACUCCGUGCUGGCCCCGUGCUGCUCCCAGGCUUGUCCCCACACCCCACAUCGUUGCACCUUCACCAGGAGCCUCCCGGAGCUCUGAGCUGACGGGCAUGCAGGGCUCCUCCCUGCCCCAGCCGAGCCGUGGAUUUUGGGAAGCAGGACUGCUCUGGGUUGAGCCCCAGCAGCUGGGACAAGGGGACAGGGACGGGCUGGCAGGGCUGCUCCCGCGUUCCCAGGAAACGGGGCUCGGGUGCCACCGGGACUGGGACGCGGGGAGGGCCCAGCUGGCAGUGACAGAGCAGCCCCAGCCCCCACCCGCAUCAGCUCCCGCUCACGGACCUCGGUGACCUCGGCAAUGGUGGCCUUAAAUCAUGGAUUGUCGGGAGGGAACGGGAGCGGGGCGAGGUGGUGACGGAGCCGCCGGAGCGGCUUCCAGCCGGAGCAGACAAAGGAUCCCCGAGCCUGGGCAGGGUCAGAUCCCACCCUGCGCGCUGAGGAACGGGAGGGGUCCCCUGUCCUGCUGGGUGCACACCGGGCUCUGUCCCCUGUGUCCCUGCCUGGCUCCAGAGCUUCCCCAGGCACUGCAGCCAGAGCUGGGAAUGGGAAUGGGAACGGGAAUGGGGAGUGGGGAAUGGGAAUGGGAGUGGGAAUGGGGAAUGGGAAUGGGAAUGGGGAAUGGGAACGGGAAUGGGGAGUGGGGAAUGGGAAUGGGGGAAUGGGAAUGGGAGUGGGAAUGGGAAUGGGAAUGGGAACGGGAAUGGGAACGGGAAUGGGAAUGGGAAUGGGAAGGGCUGCUGUGUGUUUUUGGGAUGGGGAAGGAAUCUUGUCCCGGUCUGUGGAACUGCUGCAGCCCCUGGAAUUCCUGCCCCUCCCAGGUCCAUCCUCAGCCAAGCCCCCCUCAGGUCGCACUCGCCACUUUGGAGCCAGGUUGGUUUGUCCAGGUGAUUUUGGUUGGUUCCUCCACACUUGGAAGGUUCCCAGGGACACCAAAACCCAAAGCCAAGGCUGAGCAGAGACUGGGAUCUCAGCACUGAUGGGAAAGUCCUGAGCUUUGGGCUUUUCCCAGGGACGGAAUCCAGCUUCUCCCCCUCCCUGUUGUGCAGCUUUUCCUCAGCUGGGAUCGGGAUCAGGAUUGGGAUCAGGGUCGGGGUCAGGGUGGGUUUGUGCUGCUGCUCCACACUCCCCUUUGUCCUCGUGCUCCUCCCAGCUCCUCUCCGUGCUCCAGCCUCGGGAAUCCCUUGUUGGGGUCUCCUACAUCCCCCAGACCCCCUUUUCCCCUUGGGGCUGUUCCAGAGCCCAACCCGGGGCUCCCAGCUGCUCCCAGCCCUCCCUGUCCCCUCGGGAUGUUUCUGUGCAGGGCCAGGAGGGCCCAGGUGGGGCGCAGGGAGGGCUCAGAGCUGUUUUGGGGGAUCCCCUGUUUUGGGGGGUGUGCAGGACCCAGCAGCUCCUCCCGAGGUGUCCGUGGGGGAGGAGGAGCUGAGCUCUGGGUCCCCGUUUGCCGUGGGGGCCUCGCUGGCAGAACCAGGGUGAGCAAAGGCUGGAAAUUCCAGGUGGUGUUUGGCUGGAAGGCAGCAGCUUGCCAGCCCCUCGUUUUGCCCUCGGGGCACUGAGAGAGGCUGGGUUUUCUGACGGGGUUGUCCUGCCUCGCUGCUCUUCCCGGGAAUCCUCGUGGCCCCCUCGGGAUGGGGGUGCAGGAGCAGCUUCCUCCCCAUCCCCGCAUCCCCCAUCGCCAGUGCCUUGAAAAUUGUGCAAAUCCCGGCACAGGAAAGCUCCAGAGGCGGUCAGGGACGAGCAGGCACCGAGCUGACUCCGGGCUCUGCUAUCGCUUCACUCCCAGGGCUGGAGCUCCCCGUGCCCAUUCCACGCGUGUUCCACCCCAAAAGCAGCCACUCCUCGCUUUGUGACCAGUUCGGGGCAAAGCCCUCCCCUGAUUGUGCUCCGUGCUGAUUCCUCUCGCUUUGCCGGGGGUGGCAGCCCCCAGCCCCGCUCGGCAGCGCCGGGCACCUGCACUUUGCUCUGCCAGCCCCGGCUCCGGGAACCCCGGGCAUCCCGGGGCCGAGCCUUCCUCCUGUCCCCGCUCCUGUCCCCUCCUGCCCCCCGGGGGACACCGGGGGCUCCUCGCGGCGCCGCUGGGGCCGGGCUGGGGGAGCCCGGGCUGCGGGGAUUUGGGGUUGGUGGAUUUUAUGGGAAUCAUUGAAUAGGAACGAAUGGCUGCAGAGCAGGCCCCGGAACCCCCCGGGGGGAGCUGCUCCCUCCUCCUCUUCCUCCCUUUUCAGCCUCCAAAUCCCGCGGAUCGGGCGGGGUGGGGAGAGUCGGUGCCCAUUUCCCCCCCCACUGGAGUUUUGUCCGGGAUUCUUGGCUCAGGUGGGAGUUGUGUCAUUUCGGGGCUCCUGGACCCGUUCCUGCUCUGUUCACCCCGGUCCCGCCCCAAAACGAGCCCGGGAGGUGCCGAAGGGACGCGGGAGGAGGGUCCCGGGCGCGCCCCCCGCCCCCCAGCCGCUUUGUGCCACGAGCUUUGACGAUCAAUAAUGGAAGAAGCCAAAAAGGACCCCCGAGUACCUGUGUAGUAUCUAUCAGUCCAUAUCGACGCCUAUACGCACCCAUGUAUCGUAGAUCGGCCGCGCGGGUCUGACCCCCCCCGCAGCCCCCCAGGGACCCCCGCCCGCCCGGGCUCCUGUGAGCGGGUCCUCACAGCCCCCGCGGGGCCCGGGGCCGGGGGGGACCCGGGGGACCCGUCCCAGCCCCCCCAGCCCUCGGCCGUGUCAUACCAAACAUGUAACGUGCCUUUUAUUUAUGCUGCAAAUAUAACAUUAAAAUAUUACCCAGGAGCCGCCGGCUGCUGCCCUUUGUGGGGGUGCGGGCCGGGGACGCCCCCGGUGUCACUGUGUGCCACCGACACCCCCGGCUGUCCCCGGCGCUUCCCAAGGGUGGCACCGGGACUGUCACCCGUCAGCGGGGCAGCUGCUUGUGGGGACACCGCAGCGUCCCAGCCCUCGCUGCGUGUUUUGGGGCCGUUUCGGCUGCUUUGGGGUCGGGGGAGCCGCGGCCGCGCCGUCGGGGCUGCAGGAGCGCGCAGCGGCCACCGGGGGGCGGCAGCGACACCGGGGAGGGGGCGCGGGGGGACCGGGGGGGUCCCGGUGUGGGGGGGAUGGGCUGGGGGCGAUGGGCUGGUCGGGGGACAGGGGAGGGGGGUGACGGGCUGGUUGGGGUCCCCGUCUGGGGCUCCUGAGCUGGUUGGGGGACAGGGGAGGGGUCCCCGUCUCAGGGGGCCGUGGCCUCGUGAAGUCCCGGGGCAGGACGGGGGUCCCGGGGGUCUCGCUCCGCGGUGCCGGUUCGGGGCCCGGGCGGUGCGGGGCUUCCCCGUCCGCCCAUCCGUCCGCCCAUCCGUCCGUCCGUCCGUCUGUCCCCGGGGGCGGCUGUCGCGGCUGCUAAAUGUGUUUCAUUAACGGCGGCGGGGCCGGGGCCGCUCCCGCCGCUCCCCCGGGACCCCCGGCCCGGCCCGGCUAUAAGAGGCGGCGGCGGCGGGGCGGGGGCGCUGGCGAUGGCGGGGCGCCCGGUGCUGCUGCUGCUGCUGCUGCUGGCGGGGACCCCGCGCUCCGCCCGCGCCUGUCCCGGGACCCCCGGCCCGGGGGCUCCGCGUGGUGGGGGGAUGCUCGGGGUUGGGGGGUCUCUCUCCGGUUCCAGGACCGCUGUGAGCCCCGGUUCUCCCCCGCCUCAGGCCGCCGCCCCCCCGGGGCCGCCCCCCGGGGCCGCCGCGCUGGCAGCGCUGCUCCGCUCCCUGCAGCGCCCCGGGGUCCCCCCGCCGCCGCGCAGGUCGGGCUGGGGGCCGCAGGGGGGGCCCCGGGCCCGGCUCAGCCCCCGCAGCUGGGACCCCCCUGCGGCCCCGUUCUGGACCAUGGCGACCCCGCAGCGCUUCGGCCGCCGCCGCUGAGCCCGGCCGAGCCCGGCCGAGCCCCGGGG